AAUAACAAAACCCCUGCAUGGCUGUGUGAGUGUGUAAUUUGGCAUGUAUAUACAUGCGUGCCUAUGUGUAUGUGAGUCAGUACGUGUAUGCAAGGGAUAAGAAAUUAACCAAAAAGCGGACUAUCAAUUUGUCUCUCUGUCUGUCUGCAUUUGUCUGCCUGUGUGUGUGUGUGCGUGUGUGUGUGUCUAUACAUGUGUGCGUGCUUGUAUUUGUAUGUGUAUGUACGUGGAGUACAGAUUUGGGUCAAUUUAAAAUUGUGAGUGAAAACAUAAACUUCAUUGCAUUUUUGCUAAAAAAAACACAUCAAGUAUCACAACAUGGACAGCAGAAUACAAACGACACAACAGCAACAACAAUCAUCUCGGAAUUCGCAGCUCACUGUCAAUCUGGGCGGUCCAAAUGCCACUAGUUCUACAGAAUCCAGCGCACCACCACGCGUUGACAUCGGUACGACUGGCGUCAGCAGUGGAAGUAGCAGCAGCAACAGCAACAUAAAUAAUAACAAACGCAACAGCAAUAAAAACAAGAACAACAAUGGACAUCAACGCAGCCAUAGUAUAACCAACGCAGCGGCCACAUCGUUUGUAAAUCUCUUCGAUGGAUUCACCUCACGUGUUUCGACGGCUGUAAGCGUUGCCGGCAGCAUCACUACCAAUGCCAUGGAACGGAGUCAUAGUGCAGCCAGUACGCCCAGCUCAACACAUUCUGGAAUUGGCGUGGGUGCCGGCAGCGCUCUCAAUUCACUCACAUCACCAAUAACAGCAGCAGCGGCAGCGGCGACAGCAACCACAACAGAGGUGGUGGUAGCUGCAGCAUCGGCCAUCACAAAUCAUUUGAGUUCGCCUACCAGUGGCACACCCCCGCAUGGUCUGGGCGUAAACGAUGAGGACUGCGAUGAUAACGAUGAGGAGGAGGAGGACGAGGAUGAUGCUGUUGACAAUGAUGGACAUAUAGCAGCGCCGACACCAUCCAAAACGUGGGCUGAGAUCAGAUGUGUUGUCCAAGACAUUCGCAAGGAUCUGUCCAAUCUAUCGACGAUGGUGCCCACCAAUGUUCAGUUCCGUCAUCUAUCCGAUGGCCGUGCACGGUGCUAUUUCCUGAGUACACCGCCACACAACUGGGAGACCACGUUGCUCUUUACUGACAUCAACCUGCGACAGCAUGACGAACAGCAGCUGCAGCAGACCAGUGGCGUUGACAUUGAUGCUGCCACUGCCGGUAGUCCAAGUGGAGCAGCAUCACCAACAAUAAACCUUCCAUCGUUUCAUUUUGGUCCACAGCCUAAGCCCAGAUUGAUUUGGCAAACACUACUCCAACAACCCAUACCCAGCAGCCAAGUGGGAAGCGGCAUAGGUGGAAGUGGUGGUGCCUAUCCAUGUGCUCGAGAAUACCAAUUGAUGCAGGAGCGCAAGCGUUUGUCUACAUGGGGUAUUACAUCGUAUGAACUGCAUAAGCCCAGCGGCAAAUUGGUCUUCCCUUGCUUAAACGAUCUGUAUCAAUGCCUGGACACGGGAUAUAAUUCUGGUCUGCUUUUUCCCACACAACUGCGAACAUGCCCCGAGUGGACGGCUUUGGAUCCACUAAUCUGCCCACAGAACUCCGAUCUGAUUGCUCAUAUCAGUGACUGUGAUAUCUGGGUAACGCACACGCUAAGCGGUCAUGAGAAACGUUUGACGUACACGAGAAGCGGCCGACACACGUUUGCGGAUGAUGCAUUAAGCGCAGGAGUGCCAUCGUAUGUGAUGCAAGAGGAGUUCAGUCGCUAUCAGGGCUAUUGGUGGCAGCCGCACUCAGAUGAUGGCAUCUAUCGUAUUGUUUACGAGGAGGUAGAUGAAACGGAUGUGUCCCUUUACACAUUCCCUUCGUCGACGGCUGUGCCUGGCGAGGUGGAUGAGUAUCGCUUUCCACGUAGCGGCACACAAAACGCCAAAUCCAAAUUGAAGCUUGUUCAAUUUGUGCUCAACGAAGCGCUGCUAAUUAGCGAGAUAACCAUCAAGGAUUUACCCUAUUCCUUGUCGGCGGUGUUUCCCUGGCUGGAAUACGUCGUGCGUGUCGGCUGGACACCGGAUGCCAACUACGUCUGGAUGCAGGGUCUUAAUCGCAAGCAGCAGCGCUUAGAUGUUAUGCUAAUACCGCUGGAUAACUUUUGCGAAUCGUACAGUAGUCAAGUGUCCACGCCGACAGAUUCCAUUGGGGAUCACAGCUGGCGCAGUCCAUAUAAUCGCACAAUAACGCCGCUGCAGGUCAUAUAUACCGAGCAGUCAGAGAGCUGGAUCAAUGUGCAUGAUAUGCUCUAUUUUCUGGAAGUGGGUGAUACGAGCGUCACCUAUCUAUGGGCCUCUGAGGAGACGGGCUUUAGACAUUUGUAUCUUGUCACCUCCAGCUUACUAUUAACUCAUGUCAAUGGCAGCCAAACGGAUGCGUCGGCUGCCGCAGCCGCUGCUCAGCAUCCCAGUUUUGUGGAGGCAGCCGCACUGCAGCCACGCAUCGUUAAUAAGGUGGCCCUGACGAGCGGUGAAUGGGAGGUGCUGGCACGUAAUCUAUGGGUGGACAAGCCCAAUCAAUUGGUUUAUUUUGUGGGACUGCGCGAUACUCCAUUAGAGAAGCAUCUCUAUGUAGUUAGCUUGCAGCGUCCAGAGCACAUACGUCUGUUAACCGAGCCGGGGUACUCAUAUCUGGUGGAGUUUGAUGAUCUAUGCCAGUUAAUGUUGCUCGUCUAUUGCAAUAUCCAACGCCUUCCAAGCUGCAAGGUGAUGCGUGUCACGCAAACCUGCCAGAAUGGCGGUGUCAAUGGUAUACAGAUCUCUUUGGUUGGAUUUUUGCAUGAGGGCGGCAAGCCGGAACCACAAUAUUGCCCGCAAAUCUUUCGCCCACAGCUGCCAUCAGGCGAUAUCGUCUACGCCAUGGUCUUUAAGCCUCACAACUUUCAAUUGGGAGUUAAAUAUCCCACGGUGUUGAAUGUCUAUGGCGGACCAGAGGUGCAAACCGUUAACAAUACAUUUAAGGGCAAACAUCAGUUGCGCAUGCAUAUGCUGGCUGCCCAGGGCUAUUGUGUGAUCUGCAUUGAUUCACGCGGUUCCAGGCAUCGUGGCAUACGUUUCGAGAGUCAUAUUCGGGGUCGCAUGGGUCAAGUGGAAUUGACUGAUCAGGUGGAUGCCCUGCGCAUACUCUCGGAUCAACUGGGAUACAUUGAUAUGGACCGAGUUGCCAUACAUGGCUGGUCCUAUGGUGGUUAUUUAAGCUUGAUGGGCUUGGUGCAGUAUCCGGAAAUCUUCAAGGUGGCCAUUGCGGGAGCACCAGUCACGAAUUGGGAAUACUAUGAUACAGGCUAUACGGAACGAUAUAUGGAUAUGCCCAAGUGCAAUGAAGCGGGAUAUACAGCUGGCUCGGUACUCAAUUAUGUGCAUGCAUUUCCCGACGAGGAUAAUCGACUGCUGCUCAUUCAUGGUCUGAUCGAUGAGAAUGUGCAUUUUAAUCACACGUCACGACUGAUCAGCGCUUUGAAUAAGGCAAACAAGCCCUAUGCAUUGCAUUUGUUUCCCGAGGAGCGACAUUCGUUACGCAAUUUAGAAUCGAAUAAGAACUACGAAACGAAAUUAUUAUCAUUCUUACAAAACUUAUGAGAUUCAUAAAACACGCACGCACCCCACACAGCAUCCUAUUACAUGUAAUAUCGUAAUUGUUGUUAAAUUAAAUCUUUUUUAAUUUUAUGAAAUAUUUUAAAAAUUUGCAAUAUAAUUAAUUAACUGUUGCCCUGCCUCUGUUCAAUACUACUCUACUCUCAUUGUAAGUAAUUUUAAUUAAUUAUUUCUACAAAUAUUCAAUUUUUAUUAUUAUUUUCCUCAUACUUUUACACACUACAUACUCUUAAUUUACAAUUAAAUUGUGUUCCUAUUGCACAACUGUACAUUUAAAAAGAUAAAUCUAAGUCGUAAA